AUGUCUCACAACGAACAACGUCUCUCUCCGCACGGUCAACCGGCACCGGCAUCUCCGGGGGAAUAUGGGGUAGCACUGCCUGGAUCUCAGGUAUCGCAGUCUCGGUCGGCGCCUCGGCCGCCGGAAAGCGCAGACCCUGCAAGGUUAACGGUGGACGAAGCGAUGCCGGACCGUACACGGCUCUCCAUCGAGGAGCGAUGGGCGGCCAACGCUUCGAGUUCACAGUUCAAUGCGCUCGCCGGCGCAAUAGGCGGUUUCACAUCAGGCAUCGUCACAUGCCCUCUCGACGUGAUCAAGACCAAGCUGCAGGCGCAGGGAGGCUUCGCAGCACAAGGCCAACGGCACCCGAGGAUAUACAAGGGCUUGGUCGGCACCGCGAGCGUAAUAUGGAGGGAGGAAGGGCUCAGGGGCAUGUACAGGGGCCUCGGCCCCAUCAUCAUGGGAUACCUGCCGACAUGGGCGGUUUGGUUCACAGUCUACAACCGGACAAAGCAGUUCUUGGGUGAACAUUACAAAAACGGAUUCGUCGUCAACUUUUGGUCUUCCAUCAUCGCCGGGGCCAGCAGCACCAUUUGCACGAAUCCGAUAUGGGUCAUCAAGACCCGUCUUAUGUCACAGUCAACCAGCCACGACAGGACACAAUUCUCGCUCUUUCCCAAAGGCGCCAAUACCCCGACAUCACGCCCAACACUGCAUCAACCAUGGCACUACAAGUCGACGUGGGAUGCGGCGCGCAAGAUGUACACCACAGAGGGCAUCCUCUCAUUUUACUCGGGACUCACCCCGGCGCUCCUCGGCCUAACCCACGUCGCCGUUCAGUUCCCCGCUUACGAGUUCCUCAAGCUCAAGUUCACAGGCAGAGCCAUGGGCGCCGCGCCUCCCGCAGGCCAGGACGACAAGGCGCACUGGUUUGGCAUCCUGUCGGCUUCGAUACUGUCCAAGAUCCUCGCAAGCAGCGCCACGUAUCCCCACGAAGUCAUCCGCACCAGGCUGCAAACACAACGGCGGCCGAUCCCUGGUCAGGAAUACAUGGAGGGUCUGGGAGGAACGGUGGAGCAGCCUGGUGUCAUGAGCAGGUCUGCUGCGUCCCAGCAGGCGCAGGCCGGACCCAAGUACCGGGGCAUCGUGUCGACGUUCCGGACCAUGCUGCGCGAGGAGGGUUGGAGAGCGUUUUAUGCCGGCAUGGGCACCAACAUGAUGCGCGCCGUGCCUGCGGCCACCGUCACCAUGCUCACCUACGAGUAUGUGAUGCGCCACCUCAACCAUGUGCAGGCGAGCGGCAAGGAGAAGUUGCAACUGCUGGAGCAGCUUGGGCAGGCAGGGCUUGGGUGA